UGGCAGUGGAGGGUUAUUCCACUUGCGGCGCUGCCUUUUGUGUUGGCAACCACCACUGGUUUCUGCUAGUCAGCCACAAACACCAAAACAACGGGCAUCUGUCCCUGGGAUGGACUGCAGCAAUCGGCCCGAUACUGCUUCUAGGUUUCGCUGUUAGCCGGCAGCUUAUCCUAACGAAGUAAUGUCCGAAUCUUAGAAAAUGAUUCUGUGAUUACUCUCGGAUUAAGUACACUUCAGAAUCACUUGAACUGGUUGCUUUUGCAGCUUCUCGCUUUUGCGCAUCUGGAUCUGGAUCCGUCUGAGCAGGGACUCCGAAUCAGUUGCUACCAGCUAAUCCAGCUAGCUGUCAGGAUUGGCUCUCGUAGACGCCAAGUUAGCUGAUGUGGUAGCUGGCUUUGAGGGGUCGCUGAAAAUGUAAAUUGUCAUGGGGUCGAAGAGACGGAAACUGGCUGGGCCAGUGAUGGCCUCCCCUCUCCCUGUCUCUGCCAUCCUGGUGGUUCUGUUGUUGGCUGAGUCACCUGUGUGUCAGACCGGGGACUGUAAGGGCCACAGGCAGGUGUUAAGGGGACCACCAGGGUACGUCACAGAUGGGCCAGGAAACUACUCUGUCAAUGGGAACUGCGAGUGGCUAAUCAAAGCUCCCAGCAACAGUCACCGCAUUGUCUUAAAUUUCACCUUCAUGGACACAGAGUGUACCUAUGACUACCUGUUUGUGUAUGAUGGAGACUCCUACCAGAGUCCUCUCCUAGCCAGCCUGAGUGGAAACACUCUGCCUCAACCCAUCGAGGCCAAGUCUGGAAAGAUGCUGCUUCAUCUCUUCAGUGAUGCUAAUUACAACCUGCUGGGCUUUAACGCCACCUACACAUUCUCUGUGUGCCCUGGAGCCUGUGGUGGGCAUGGCCGCUGUGAUCCCUCUACAUUAAAGUGCCACUGCCAUCAGGGUUGGGGAGGAGCAGCAUGUACAACCCCUCUUUGCUCCCAGGCCUGUGCAGUGAAUGGCCAAUGUGACAAGAAAGGAGAGCGGUGCCUGUGUAACCCCGGCUUCUUAGGUCAUAACUGCCAGCUUGGUUUCCAUGAUGACAGUGGGGCUGGGCAGUGGUGGCGAGUGAGUGAGGGAACCCCUUACACACCCCCUCGGACAGGUUCUGCUGGCGUGUACCUGUCCUCUGCUGAAGCCAUGUAUUUGUUUGGUGGGUUUGACCUGAACAGAGCUCUUGGUGACUUGAUCAAAUAUAACUUCACAUCCAACCAAUGGGAUAGCAGGUCUUAUGGUCAUUCUCCUGUGGCUCGUCACUCCCACACUGCAGUAGAGUGGAUGGGUAACAUGGUUAUCUUUGGAGGAGAGCUGGCAAAUGGCUCCCUGGCAAGUGAUGUCUGGAUGUACCGGCCACUCCAGGACGACUGGCAACAGCUUGGCUUUUCACACUCACAGGGUGCUCCUAAACUGGCCAAUCAUGCUGCAGCUGUAGUGGACAGUCAUCUCUAUGUUUUUGGAGGUCGCACUGAGGAGGAUAUGUUUUCCUCCUCUCUGUAUCGGUUCGGCCUGCAUGGCUCUGGACGCUGGGAGAUUGUUCAGCCAACUGGUGGGAAGCCCCCGGCAACUGCUGGACACUCAAUGGUGUUUCACAGUCCGUCCAGGACUCUGCUGGUCUACGGAGGACACCGUCCAACAACUGCCAGGUUUAGUGUUAGGGUGAACAACACCGACGUGUUCCACGUGGACAGGCGGUUCUGGACUUCCUUCCGUUCCCGUUUCCCAGCAACAGGCCCCAGAGAGAGAGCUUUUCACUCAGCCACCGUGAUCGGCAACUACAUGGUGGUCUAUGGGGGGAAUGUACAUAUUCAUUACCAAGAGGAGAAGUGCUAUGAUGAGGAGAUCUUCUUUUACCAUCUGGGCUGUCACCAAUGGGUGUCUGCUGGGCAGAGAUGGUCACUCAGGGGAGAUGCUGUGAGAGGGCGUUAUUCACACGUUGCUGCUGUGAUGGAGGGACGAGUGCUGCUGGUUGCUGGUGGUUACAGCGGUGUGGCACGUGGGGACCUGGUGGCUUACAAAGUACCACUGUUUGUCAGUAGCGAUCAAGGAGAUAGGGAUGCUGUUUGUGCUGAGGCGCUGGAUGAAAGUAUGUGCCUUAAGAAUCCAGAGUGCAGCUGGUGUGAAGGUCGCUGUCGAGAGUAUCAACCCACUAAUCCGUGUGGCAGUACUGGUUGCCUGGGCCUGGCUCGCUUUCUCUCUGAUUGCCAGUCGUGUCUGGUGUUCAGUGGCACUCCAGCUUCCCUAGCCCGUGCUCCUGGGGAGUUUGGUUGGUGUGUUCAGAAUGAGUCCUGCCUACCUACGUCAGAGCGAAGUGCGUGCCGUGUGGACCAGAUCUCAGGGGCGUACGGCUGGUGGGGGGAGCGUACCCUUUUCCUAACCUCCCUCCACUCCUGUCGCACCGAGAACUAUGUCCCGGGACUGCACCUGCUCACCUUCCAGCACCCCCGCAACGACUCCCAGCCUGACAAGGUGUCCAUCCUCCGCAGCACCACCAUCAUCCUCAGUCCCACCACCGAAAUGGACGUAGCGUUACAGUUCAGGGGCUUUGUCCACCCGCUGUGGGGGGCCCCUCCACCUGCACCCCCUCCAACAGACACUGUCUCCAUGUGGGCUCGUAUCCAGAGGCUCCACUUUGAGGCUCGGAUGGCUACAGGACCUAAUGCAAGCCAACUGGAGGUGGUUGGUCGUUGGGCAGCCCAGCAGGAGAAGGAGUUGAAGCUGCUGGCUCGCUCGGAUGGGAGUAAACUGUUCUCUAACCUGACCAGAGGGAACCAUUACCUUGUUCAGGCUGAGGGCUACCUCAACAACUCAGGCUCUGGACAGACCAGUGAGAUGGCUCUGAUCUGGAACAGAACAUUGCCUGGAGGGAGUGAGAUCUCCUUCUUGUUUUUGGAGCCCUUCCGCUCAGGUUCCUGCUCAGGUUACAUGUCCUGUUUGGCCUGUCUGUCUGACCAGUCUUGCGGCUGGUGCCCAUCUUUGUCCCGUUGCCUGCUGCGGGACAGCCCAGACCUUGAGCCUUGCCCUGAAGUAGAGAAGGAGGAAGGUCAGCGCCAUCUGCUGUUGGCACCUCAGCACUGCACCUUGUGUGAAGAAUACAGAGACUGCUCUGCUUGUACUCAGGACCCUUACUGUGAGUGGCAGAUCAACUCCAGCAAGAAAGGAGACUACCAGUGCAGUCGACGAGGCAGACUAGACGGUUCCAUUCGUGAUUCAAGAGGAUGCCCUAAAGUCUGCAACCAGAGGAAGACGUGCGGUGAGUGCCUCUCUAACUCCAGCCAGUGUGCAUGGUGUGAAUCAGCCCAGGCCUGCUUCUAUUUUGCUGCGUACCUCACAAAAUACCCCUAUGGAGAGUGCAGGGACUGGUACGACAGUGUCCAUUCAGUCCCUCAGUGUAAACAAUGCUCAGCUUUAAACACGUGUACAGACUGCCUGCGGACAUUCCAGUGUGGCUGGUGUGGUGACUACAACAAUCCCACCAUUGGAAAAUGUUUGAGGGGAGACUGGGCAGGAAUGGAUGACCCCUUGGUUUAUAACUGUAGUGUUGCUGUUGCUGAAGCUCGGGCUGCUAACCCUGAACCCCAGACCUCCGCCCCUCCCAGACCCCUGGACAUGGAGAUGGAGUUUGAACACUUGGAAGACGAAGAGCAGGAUGCCAUUUGGUCCUACCCCACCUGCCCAGAUGUAGAGGAAUGCAGGCUGGGUCUCCACAGCUGCCACAAUUUCGCCACCUGCAUCAACACACCAACCUCCUAUGAGUGCCACUGUGAGAGAGGAUACACAGGGGAUGGCACACUGCACUGCAACCAGACGUGCUAUAAUGAGUGUCGUGAAGGCCAGUGCAGUGGCAGCCCGCGAUUUGAGUGUGAAUGCUCCCUUGGGUGGACAUCUGACCCCGCUACCCUGGUUCUCAGUGGUGUUGAAUGUGAUGUGGACUGUGGUUGCAACUUCCAUUCCACCUGUAUUACAGCACCAGGGAUCUGUGAUGAAUGCCAGGAUUGGACCACAGGGCCUCACUGUGAGCACUGUCGACCCGGUAGCUUUGGAUCAGCCUUGUCUGGUGGUGGCGGCUGUGUGCAGUGUGAGUGUAACGGCCAUGGUGACUCUCUGCGGGGAUACUGUCACAAUCAGACCGGCCAGUGCUAUUGCACCCACAACACUCAUGGACCACACUGCGAGUCCUGCCUGCCUGGUUACUAUGGGGACCCCAGGAACAAUGGCACAUGCUACCGGCAGUGUCAGGGCCGUUCAGUGCUGCUCUCCUCCACCUCCAAUUCUGCCAUUCCUCUUUCCUCAUCUCUUGGAUGGCGAAGUGGCACAGAGGGGAAAGGAGGACUUUCUCAUUGCCUGUGGGUUCUCUCUGUGAGUGAGAAUCUGGCACCUUGCCUACCCAGACAGCUGUGUCCACCUAUCGCCUUAACUCUUCACCCAGACUCCCACACACACUGUAAAAGCUCCUAUGUCUAUGUGUUUGAUGGGCUUCCUCGUUUCCUGGGUAACGGCGUUGUACAUUCAGACCACAAUCUGAUUGGGGCAUUUUGUGGCACCACAAGGACUCAGCCUAUCACAGUGGAGGCCACCUCAGGUGUGAUCUCAGUCUACUUCGAAGCCAACGUCACCUCUAAUGAACCUCAAGGCUUCAAUGCAUCUUUCUGGGUGCGGCGGUGUCACCACAGCUCUGAUGAGGGCGAAGACGGGUCACCUGUGUGUCCAGGUGGAGCCCAGUGCCAAGGUGGUCUCUGUCAGUGCCCUCAGGGAUACGCUGGGCCGCACUGCAACCGGCCCAUGUGCCCCCAGGACUGUGGGGUAGCAGAAGGAAGAGGAGCUUGUAAUAUAUCUCUGGGAGUAUGUGUGUGUACGGACAGCUGGGCCGGCUCUGACUGUUCUGUCCCUCGGGACUCUAACAGCCUGGUGUGGGAAACACUGCUGGAUACACAGCUGACACUGAACCAGGCCCAUAGGUUCCUCCACAGGAUGGGGCACACUCUUGUGUCUGGACCACAGGGCUACCUCUGGAUGUAUGGAGGGCUCUCUCUGGCAGAGGGAAUUCUGGGAAAUGUCUACAGGUACUCUGUGUCAGAACACCGAUGGACGCAGAUGUUAACGAGCUCUGUGGAAGAAGGCUCCACACCGGAACCUCGCUAUCAUCACGCCGCUGCACUGCUGACCAGCCAUGAGCCGGGCUCUGGAAGCCUCACGGCUAGUCACAGCUUCAUGUUGGUGGUGGGCGGUAUAACUCAAAAUGCUGUUGCCAUGGAUACCUGGAGUCUCAAUCUCAGCAGUUUAGUCUGGAGAGAACACAAGAGCUCACUGCUGCCCCCAGUGGCGGGCCACACCCUCACUGUACGCAGAGACUCCUCUGUGUUGCUGAUUGGAGGUUACUCUCCGGAGAACGGAUUCAACCACCAUCUGAUGGAGUUCAGCCCUCAUACUGGAAACUGGACAAUCGCCCCCCAUACUGGAACACCACCCACAGGUUUAUACGGCCACUCAGCAGUGUACCACGAGCAGACUGAUGCCAUUUUUGUCUUUGGAGGCUACCGCUUUCAUGUGGAGACUGUGGAGCCUUCUGGAGAGCUCUAUGGUCUGUACUACCCUAAUCUCACCUGGUCUCUGCUGGUUCCCUCACAGGGCAAUAAGCCCCUGUCUCGUUUCUUCCAUGCUGCGGCCCUAAUCAAAGACACCAUGAUCAUUAUUGGGGGGAGGACAGAAGCAGAGGACUAUAGCAACUCAGUUUCUCUGUACCAGAUCAACUGUAACACCUGGAUACAACCAGUCUCAGCUGUAGGAGAUCCAGUUAACCGUUCAGUGUCUCUUGCUAUGACAAGCUUGGAGGGCCGUCUCUUCCUGUCAGGAGGCUUCAACGGGGUCACGCUGGGUAGACUCCUUACCCUGUCCAUGCCCUCUGACCCCUGUGCCCUGAUGCAAACACCUGAAGCCUGCAACACGACCACAGGCAGCUGCCUCUGGUGUAGAGGAACCUGUGCUUCUUCCGAUACCGCUGAGAGAAUGGGCUGCUUCACCGGCCAGUCUCCCUGCUCCCCAACCCCUCGUCAGCCAGACCAGUGUCGCAGACUGAAGACCUGCAGCGAAUGCCUCGCCAGACACCCGAAAACAUUCUCCAGUCCAACUCAGACUGCUCUGCAGUGUAAGUGGUGCACAAACUGUCCAGAGGGUGCCUGCAUCAGCAGUUCUGUUAGCUGUACAUCUGAACAUGACUGCCGGAUCAACCAGAGAGAGAUCUUCCUGUCCAGCAACUGCACCGAGACCAGCUGCGAAGCUUCUGACUGCCCCAAGUGUACCGCGUCUGGAAAAUGCAUGUGGACUCGCCAAUUCAAACGCACAGGUGAAACAAGGCGAAUCCUGAGCGUGAAUCCCACCUACGACUGGACAUGUUUCAGCUACGCCCUCCUUAACGUCUCCCCCAUGCAGGUGGAGUCCUCUCCCCCCAUGCCAUGCCCACCACCCUGUCACACCCUCCAAAACUGCACCCUCUGUCUGGGCUCCCGAGGCUCUGAUGGGGGCUGGCAGCACUGUGUGUGGAGCAUGGCUCUGCAGCAGUGCAUGAGCCCGUCAUUCAUGCCCCUGCGAUGUGAAGCGGGUCAGUGUGGUCGCCUGCUCUCUGGGGGGGACUCCUGCUCACCUCAGUGCUCCCAGCUAAACCAGUGCUCCCAGUGCAUUGGCAGGCCUCAGUGUGGCUGGUGUGCUUCUCGGGGUGGAAAUGGGGCUGGACGCUGCCUCCAGGGAGGACUUGAUGGUGUGAGUGAGGGUGUUUGCCCCCUGAGAAAUAGCAGCUGGUCCUUCCUCCACUGCCCUGAAGAAGACGAAUGUGCCAACAGUCAUCACCACUGCAACAGCACCCAGGACUGCCACGAUCUGCCCCAGGGAUACCACUGUACCUGCAAACACGGUUAUAUACUCAGCAGUAUCUCUGGUCAGUGCGAGCCAGUGUGCGCACAGGGCUGCGUGAACGGGACAUGUGUGUCUCCAGGAGUGUGCCAGUGUCACUUUGGAUUUGUCGGAGAUAACUGCUCCUCUCAGUGCAGCUGCAACAAACACAGUAACUGUGCUGGUGUCAGCAAACCAGAUGUUUGUAUAGAGUGCCACAAUAACACCAUUGGUAAACAUUGUGAGAAGUGCAAGCCGUUGUUUGUAGGCUCUGCAAAGGGGGGCGGCACAUGUCGUCCAUGUCGAGAGUUUUGCAGGGGAAACAGUGGUGUGUGUUUAUCACGAGAUGAACAUAAGAAGGCCCUUGAGAAUCCACGGCUCUUUCCUCUAGACCCCAGCACAAUUCAGGACUGGGUUUCUGAGGGUCCCACAGAAGAGAACGCUGUGUGUGUGAACUGCCAGAACAACAGCGUAGGGGACAAGUGUGAGAGUUGCCUCAGUGGCUUCUUCCUGCUGCAGGGGAAAUGUGAAAAGUGUCAGUGUAAUGGCCAUGCAGACACAUGUAACGAACAUGAUGGUACAGGCUGCCCUUGCCAAAACAACACAGAGACCUCCUCUUGCCUCAGCAGCCCUCAGAGUGACAGGAAAGACUGUUACAGACAGCAGUGUGCAAAGUGCAAAGACUCCUUCAACGGCACACCUGUGAAUGGGAGACAGUGCUACCGUCAGUUCAACGUGGACACUGAGUGCUGCUUUGACCCCACGUCCCAGACCAACUGCUUCCACGACCCCACCAUUCGUAACCUCCUUAAAGGGCGCACUGUUUUCUUUUCUGCCCAGCCAAAGUUCACCAAUGUGGACAUACGGGUCACCAUUGAUGUAACGUUCGGGGAGGUGGAAGUGUACGUGUCCAACUCUCAUGACACCUUCAUCGUGGAUGUGGAUCGGUUCACAGGGAUUCACACCAUCAAGAUUGAGGACGAAUCUGUGACUCGGGGGACAUCAACAGACAAGGAUUCAGCGCCGUCCCCCAUUAAGGUGUUUGCCAAUUCUUCAUCCAGUCUUGGAGGUCCUGUCCUUUCCCAUAAUCCACUUCAGCUGCAAGCCAAGGCUCCAGGGGGAGAGAGAGAAAUAAUAGAGGAGCGGGCAGAGGGCCUUAUCUCCUACAUUACUGUGUGGAAACCACAGACGGUGCUGAUUGUUCGAGCUGUUCGAGAUCGUGUGGUCAUCACCUUCCCCCACGAGGUGCACUCCUUGAAAUCCAGCCGCUUCUACAUCGCCCUGAGAGGUGUAGGAACAGAAGAGAGACAGGGAGAGUCCCAAGGCUUGCUGUUUCUGCGACAGGACCAAGCCCACAUCGAUCUGUUUGUCUUUUUCUCUGUUUUCUUUUCCUGCUUUUUCCUUUUCCUGUCCGUCUGCGUCCUCCUGUGGAAGGUUAAGCAGUUCUUGGACUUCCGUCGGGAGCAGCGUCGCCACAUCCAGGAGAUGACCAAGAUGGCUUCAAGGCCUUUUGCUAAACUCACCAUUUACCUUGAGCCGGAGGAGCCUCAGCUCAUCUACCUGCCUUCGACCGGGGGAGUGGUGGGGGGCAGCACUGUAUCGCUUGCUCAUGCCCGAACGAGCAAAUUAGGAGGGGUGAUGGUGGGCCAGAGGGGCAGGGCAGGAGCUGUCUCCUACAAACAUGACCCAGGCUCAGGACCCACAGCCCACCACCACCAUCAUCUCGCCCUGGGUGGAGGGGGCAAUGGCGGGCAGCACCUGCCGCUGCACUACCUGAACACCCACCACUAUGCCAGCACUACAACUGGCACCCAAGCCUCACAUCAUCACCCAUCCACCUACAGCGGCUACCAGCACUUUUGCCGGUCUGACCCUUUCCUUUCUCAACUCAUGGGCUUUUCUUAUUCCUCCUUUAAGGUCGGGCCCAUCACUCUGGAGCCCACAGACGACGGCAUGGCUGGGGUGGCCACUGUCCUCUUUCAGUUACCUGGGGGUGUUUUGGCUCCAAAUCGUGCCUGUCUCGGCUCUGCUUUGGUCACUUUGCGUCAGAACCUGCAAGAGUACUGUGGCCAUGGCAGUGGAGGAGGGCAUCCAGGAGCUGGUGCAGGGCGCAAGGGGCUUUUAGGAAACCAACAUCUGACCACUAUGGCUAUGUAGGAAAGCAAAGAUAUACAUUUAAAGAGGGCAGGGAUAAAAGAGUUAAAAAAUAUGGGAUAAACCUGUAAAGUGUGUGAUAUAUAAUAAAUUAAUUUUUGAAAGAAAAAGACAAAGUCAAAAAGAAAGAGUUAUGACAGAGCCAGUUAACGUGAGCAAUUUGAACAGAGUUGUACAUACACUGUAUAAUGAAUUAUUAAGUGUCUUUUAUUGUAUUAUGUAUUGCUAUACUGUAUUUCAGUGCUUCACAUGACCAAGCCAGCUGUUUCUGGAAUGCACUACAACUGCUAUACGUAUCAACAAAGCAAUGUUGCAACCCGUCUGCGAUCACUAAAGAGGUAUGAGCGCAUCAGAAAGUCAGUUUCUUACCAUACUGAAGCUGGACUGUUGCUAACAUCCUUCUCACUGACCAACAAAGGUGUGGAGGAAAAAAAGUGCAUCUGCCCUCUUUAGAACCAACAUGUGCUUUAUACCCCAAAAAGUGACAAUCAAAACUGCCGUUAAGAACAAAAGACUUCAAUAGACUCAAUGUGCAAGAUUUUGAUUGUCAGCUUAGUGCAGGAAAAAAAAGUCCACGUUGCUUGUGAGAUGUUUUUUUUUUUUUAUAUCAUAGUCAAUAUGAGUAAUUUAUAAUUGUAUCUCAGUAUAUGGCAGGCUUUUAAGCUACAUGUUUCUGUCAAACAGACUCGUUCACCUGCUCUGUUGUUUGUUUUUCUGCUCAUCUGCCUUCACUUCUUGCCUUGUCUGUGAGUCAACCGGCUUACACUUAGAACUUGUGUUGAUGGAAAUGGGUGGUGCAGCUCCUGGAGAACACAGUAACAAAAGCAUAUGUUACAUUUUAUUUCAUGAAUGGUUUUGUAAUAGAAAAAUGAAGGAUAAAAAAUCUUUAGUUCCUGGCCCUAAUAUAAUAUGAACUGCAGCAAAUCUAUUCCAUGAAUAAUGAAAGAAUUAGGCGUCCUUUUGAAACAUUUCAUCACAUUUUAUAGGCAUAAAAUGUACAUUGGUGUUUGGCUAGUUUCGCUGGACUGCUUUUUCAGGUAACAUGCCUGCUUAGAUGAUUGUAUUAGUCAAUCAAAUCAAAAAAUUGGAUGUGAAAAAAAAUACUAGAGAAAUACUGCUCGUUGGAAAAGUUACAUUCGGAAGUUCUCCUGGUGAGAGUUGUGGGAAGACUUGACAGCAUUUUUAUUUGUGAUGAGACUGAAUAUCUUGUUCACUGUUGAUAAUAUUGUUACUAUUUUUCUGUUUUUCUUUUUGCACUGCAUGGAGGCAAUGAGCCCCAUAAAUCAUGUGAAACACUACGAGGGGAAGUCGUCCGGCCUCAGUUAGCGCACAGUCAUGGAUGGACUCAGAACGGUGCUACUGGCUUUUUUUCAAAUUAACUAAAUCCUUCAAGGUUUUGAAAUAAAUACUGAGAAUAAAACUAAAGCUCAAAUAAAUACUGUCACUAUUUAUAGCAGCCAUCCACAAAUAAGCAUUAAAACUGUUUUCUGUCUUGUAUCUAUGUGUAUGUUGUUUUUUUUAACAUGCUUUAUUUUUGUACAUAACUGUUGUUGUUUUUUUCUUGUUUUCAAAGAAGGGAAGUGUUGAAAAGAAGAUUGUGUCAAGGUUGUCUGACUCGAGUCAGCUGAAAUAAAGUCUGUGGAACAUGA